AUGCCCAACUUUCAAUACAAAAUUAACAUACUUGAAUAGAAUUCUGAUAGGAAAAUUGAAUAGGUAUAUAUCAAUUCUCUAAAAAACAAAAGAUUUAAUUGAAUAAAUUGAGAAGAAAAAGUAAAAUUACAAAAUAUUAUAGUGUUAUUGGAGAAAGAGAAAAAAGUAUGAUUACAUUGGAUUCUAAAAAGCAAAAAAUACAUUGGUUCAAACCACUUUCCUAAUCGAGAUUUGCAAUUCAGGAGAUUUGGUUUUUCAAAAGGAUGGUUAAAUACUUGGAAAGUACAUUAGCAGUUUUUAUUAUUAUAGAUAAAAAAUUGAAAUAGGUCAAAAAAUGGAAUAAAUCUAGAACAAAUUAAAUAUUUAGAAUUUAAAGGAGAAUAUGGUUCUGAGGGUUAAAAAAUUAAUUAAUGGAACUACUUUUGGAAGGGAGAGAAAAUUGUAGGUGGUAUCUACAAUUAAACUGGAUAAAAAUAAGGAAAAUGGCAAGAUUUAUGUGAGAAUUAUUGGGAGUAUUAAAAUACGAUAUUAAACAUUAGUAUGA